AUGAAGGCGGCCGUGGAUCUCACCAUCAUCAAGACGGAGAAGGUGGACAUCGAGCUCUUCCCGUCCCCCGACAUGGAGUGUGCAGAUGUGCCUUUAUUAACGCCCAGCAGCAAAGAAAUGAUGUCCCAGGCACUGAAAGCCACGUUCAGCGGCUUUGCCAAGGAGCAGCAGCGGCUGGGAAUUCCCAAAGACCCGCAGCAGUGGACGGAGACGCACGUGCGGGACUGGGUGAUGUGGGCAGUGAACGAGUUCAGCCUGAAGGAGGUGGAUUUCCAGAAGUUCUGCAUGAAUGGAGCUGCCCUCUGUGCCCUGGGCAAGGAGUGCUUCCUGGAGCUGGCGCCUGACUUUGUGGGAGACAUCCUUUGGGAACAUCUGGAGAUCCUGCAGAAAGAGGAGGCGAAACCGUACCCAGCCAACGGAGUGAACACCACGUACCCCGAGUCCCGCUACACCUCAGACUACUUCAUUAGUUACGGCAUCGAGCACGCGCAGUGCGUGCCCCCCUCCGAGUUCUCGGAGCCCAGCUUCAUCACCGAGUCCUACCAGACCCUGCACCCCAUCAGCUCGGAGGAGCUGCUGUCCCUCAAGUACGAGAGCGAGUACCCCUCGGUGCUGCUGCGCGAGCCCGCCCAGGACCCGCUGCACAACGACUUCUUCUCCAUCAAGCAGGAGGUGGUGACCCCAGACAACAUGUGCAUGGGCCGUGCCAGCCGAGGUAAGCUGGGAGGCCAGGACUCCUUCGAGAGCAUAGAGAGCUACGACAGCUGUGACCGCCUGACGCAGUCCUGGAGCAGCCAGUCCUCCUUCCAGAGCCUGCAGCGCGUCCCCUCCUACGACAGCUUCGACUCUGAGGACUACCCUGCCACCCUGCCCAGCCACAAGCCCAAGGGCACCUUCAAGGACUAUGUGCGGGACCGGGCCGACAUGAACAAGGACAAGCCUGUCAUCCCUGCUGCUGCCCUGGCUGGCUACACAGGCAGUGGACCCAUCCAGCUGUGGCAAUUCCUGCUGGAACUGCUCACUGACAAGUCCUGUCAAUCCUUCAUCAGCUGGACGGGCGAUGGCUGGGAAUUCAAACUUUCAGACCCAGACGAGGUGGCCCGGCGAUGGGGCAAGAGGAAAAACAAGCCCAAGAUGAACUACGAGAAGCUGAGCCGCGGGCUGCGCUAUUACUACGACAAGAACAUCAUCCACAAGACGGCGGGGAAGCGCUACGUGUACCGCUUCGUGUGCGACCUGCAGAGCCUGCUGGGCUACACCCCCGAGGAGCUGCACGCCAUGCUCGACGUCAAACCCGACGCUGAUGAGUGACAGGGACAUGGGCACGGCGCUGUUCCCACAGGGACGGCCCGCGGGACUUGUUUGGCGGUUCUGUUUUUAUUGAUUUUCGCUGUUCUUCUGCUCGUUUUUUUCCAAGGGCCGCUCAGAUUCGAGGCUUUGAGGAUGUCGGGGGAGAGGGGGGAGGAAGAGGAAAACUUUAGGGAAGGAUGGGCUUUUUGUUGAUUUCCUGAAAGUUUCAAGACAGGCUUUUCUGGGGGAAAAUUCUGAGUUUUGAGAAAGCCAGGAAAAUGUAGCUCACUUAAAAAAACCAACAAUCCCCUCCCCACCCUUGGCUGUUUAGAAAAAAAUUGCGAUGGAAUGGAUCCCUUUGGUCGCUCACACACAAACUGACAGGUCAGGAAUGACAAUAUUCCUGAGGAUUUGAGGAAUUUUAAACUUUUUUCUUUUGGAAAACCAAAAUGGAUGAAUAUUCUUGCUUUGGGGAAGGGCAAUAUAGGAAAAGACCGAGAACUGUUGUUCUUGUUCCAUCACCUUUCUGUCCAUUGUCCUCUUUUCUACAAGAGAGAAUUUUUCCUAGGAGGGAUCAAGACUUUUUUUAUUUUUUUUAAAGUUUUAUUUUAUUAAAUUUUGUGCCAGUAUUUUUUUUUUUUCUAAAUAGUCUUAAGCUCUAAGAUGGUCUCAGUAUUGCAAUAUUGUGUGUGUUUGUUUCUGUUCUGCCAGCAGAGAGUUUUAUCCCAGGGAUGAAAAAGAGAAAAAGAGGAAUUAGUUUAUGUAGACCCCACUGGAGAAUUGAAAUGCUGGGACUGGGAUGGGAAGGAAAAUGAACUCCAAAGUGGCUCCUGUUGAUGCUGGCUGGGGGUGCCACUCCUGUUUCCAGCCCCACAUGCUGUGCUGAUAAUGCUGGUUGAAAUCCCUGCUUUUUUUUUAAUGUCUGGCUGCACAAAUCCUCUCAAAAUUUCCAUAGAAAAUGUCUUUUGGUAUUUUCCAAAUCACUUCUUUUGCUCAAGGAACACUUUGGUGCUUACAGACAUUUUUUUAUUUGGGAGGGGGAAAGGGGAGAAAUUCCCAUGUUUUCAAUGUGGUAAAUGGAAAAUAUGCAAGUUAAUUGAGGGGAAAAAUCAGGAAAAAGUUCAAAACCCAAAGGGAAAUGCUUUUUCCUUCCUGUUUCAAGCAGCUCUGUCUUUAUGGCCAUGUGUGGGCACAGCAGAAAGGAAAUUGUCCCUGCAAAUGGGCUCGUUGUGGCUCCUGGGCUGCUGCUGUCAGGGUGA